AUGGUAUCAGCUGACUCCACAGGCUGUCUCCAGAGCCGCGUUCAACAGAUGAUCGAAAGAAACCUGGGUUACUUCGCUAAACAGCAGUCCCCGUCGGCAGUCAUCCUCAGUCUAUGGGAGGCUUGGCACCAGGACAACGCAGACUUGGACUCUCUCGCCAGCGCUCUGGAAGAAAUCGGAAAGAUCCACUCCACCAAAACCAUCAGCACGGACCACCGUGAAGACGCAUCGGACUUUAACCACAUAGAGAGCGGGAGUUUGCGACGAAUAGCCCAGCUGGACGCCCUCAAAACGGAAGAGCAGACGACGGAGUACGCUGGACAGGACUGA